AUGUGCAUAACUCAUAAGGAAGUAGCUGAUAGAAUAAUUCAAUGUCUUACUGAAAAAUAAGCUUAAUUAAGAUCCUCUAUAGUAUUAGCUGGUAGUGUAAACUACCAUUUACGUAUAAAGCUUCUUAAAGGACCUAACUAUUAGGGUUUAAUAACUGUUAGGUUCUUCGCAUUAAAGCAUACUGAUGAAGUUUUUCUUGAUUUUACUGGAAAAACUAUUUUGGGUAUGAGUAUCAACAAUAAUUAGGUAGAAAAUAUAGAUUGGGAUGGUAACUUCCUAAAGCUUAAAGGAGUAAAGUAGGGAAGAAAUGAAAUUUUAGUACACUACGAAAAUAAAUAUGACAAUGAUGGAAACGGCUUGCAUAGUUUUAUUGAUGAAGACAAAAAGCAAUAUAUUUACACAAAUCUUGCUGUUAUCUACUGUCGUCGUGUUUUCCCUUGCUUUGACUAACCUGACCUUAAGGGUAGCUUCUAGCUUACUGCAAUUUCUCCUAAAGAUUGGAUAGUCCUUUCUAACGAAAUACCCUCUGAAAAGCUUGAUGUUUCUACUCAUUUUAAUUAAAAAGAAACUAUUUACUCAUUAGAAUUCAUAAAGCAAAUUAUUGAAGACAACUCAAGCUACGACUUACGCGAAUUUCCUGAAUCUAAGCCAUUAGCUUCUUACUUAUUUGGUAUUAUGGCUGGGCCAUAUGCCGAAGUAAAGUGCAAAUAAACCUAUAAAAAUAUUCCAAUGAGUUUGUUUACAAGAGAGUCUAUUAUGCCUCAUUUACUUAGAAUUUCAGAUUUUCUUUUUGAAGUAACAAAUAAGUCCAUGGAAGUAUAUGAAAGAAUAUUCGGAUAUGACUUCCCAUUCAACAAAUAUGAUCAAAUCUAUGUACCUGAAUUCAAUUGGGGUGCUAUGGAAAACGCAGGUAUUGUUACUUUUAAUGAUUUAUAUGUUUAUCGUGAAGAAGUUGACAGUGUUAAGCUAACUAAACUUGCUAACACCACUUCUCAUGAACUCUCUCAUCAUUGGUUCGGAAACCUAGUAACUAUGAAAUGGUGGAAUGAUGUUUGGUUGAAUGAAUCUUUUGCAGACUUUAUUUCUCAUUAUUGUCUCUCUUAAUUUUAAACUACCACUCGUCCUAUGAGUGACAUUUGGGUUGCUUUUAAUGCUCGUAAGGCUUGGGGAUAUAGAACUGACGAGCAAGUUACUACCCAUCCUAUUGCUGGAAGUGUUCCUGAUACCAACACUGCAGAAAAUGUUUUUGAUGGUAUUACUUAUGCUAAAGGUGCUGCCACUCUAAGAUAGCUAUUUUCUCUAGUUUCUGUAGAGAAUUUUAGCAAGGCUAUGAAAGAAUAUUUCCAUAAGUUUGAAUGGAGAAGUGCUACACUUUCUGAUUUAAUUAAUACUGUUGAUGAGCAAUUCUAGUAAUCAGGCUCUUCAUUCUCUCUUUCUAGCUGGUAAAAGACAUGGAUUUGCAAAGCAGGAUUAAAUAAAUGCAUACCGUUAUUUGAUCCUUCUAGUAGAGACGUUAAUUCUAAGUUAGUUAUUAAGCAAACAUACACAUUGGAAAUGCACCCAACAUUAAGAAAUCAUAAAAUGAAAAUAGCUUUCUUUGAUGAAAAUGCUAAAAUAGUUCACUAAUAAGACAUCCUUUUAUAAGAUUAACCUGAAACAGUUAUAACAUAUGACGGUUCAAAGGGAAACUAUAAAGCUCUGCUUUUAAAUUACUAAGACGAAACUUUUAUUAAAAUUGCUUUCGAUAGCCACUCUAUUUAAUUCUUUAAAGAAAAUUUAAAUAAAGUUGACUGCGAAUUAUCAAGGACUCUCAUUUGGCAAGCUUUUUACAAUAUGGUUAGGGAUGGUGAUUUAUCUUCUGAAGAGUACAUCGAGUUAUUUAUUAACCACAUUAAUUUAGAAAAGUCAGAUGGCUUAAUCAGCAAUCAAUUAUAAUUUUUGGAAACAGCCUUCCUUUCUUUUACUCCAGGAAAAUACUCAAAAAUUUUAGGUAACAAAAUCUUUGACUUUUUAUGGAGUAUGAUUGAAGGAUCAGAUGAUAGCUAAGUCAAUAAAAAGCUGGCAUUGAUAGGUUACUUACCCUCAUUUGCUAAGAGUGAAGAGAAGGUAAGAAAACUUUUAGAAUGGUAUAACCGAAAAGCCCUCACUAAGGAAACUAUGGGAAUAAAAACUCAAUGGUAAAUAGUGUAGGCUGUUUAUAGAAUUAAGGAUAUUUCAAAAGAAGAAAAGGAAGAAUUAUUUUAAACUUAAUCUCAAAAAGAUAAAUCUGACUAAGUUCCUCUUUAUGAGUAAUAUUGCAAGUCACUAUUAGCUUCACCAGAAGAAAAAGAAAAACUAUGGUAGAGCUAUCUAGACCCUAAUAAUCCUCUCUCUACAAGACUUUUAGAAUACUCAUUAAUGGGUUUUAAAUCUCACUCUACUACAGAGUUAACCUAAAAAUACUAACUUUUAUGGUUAUAGAACUUAUCUUAUGUUUUCAAGACCUGCAAGAGAGAAUUAUUUAAAGCAUAUGUUCUUUAUUUAUAACCAUCAUAAGAAACUUUAGAUGAAGAAUUUAAUAAUAGCUUGCUAAAAAUAAAGUCUGAAAUUACUGAAGAUGUUUUACAUAAGGUGCUCUUGGAGUGUUAAGAUAACAAUUCAAGAAAGCAAAAGGCUAUUUCAACCUUUUUAGCAAAUACAAAAUUAACUGUAUGA